AUGGGAAGUGGAGCGAGCGCUGAAUCCCAGAAGUCCAAAGAGCUGGAGAAGCAGCUGCAGCAGGAUGCAGACAAGGACGCCAAGACCGUCAAGCUACUGCUGCUGGGUGCUGGUGAGUCAGGGAAGAGCACCAUCGUAAAGCAGAUGAAAAUUCUUCACCAGGGAGGUUACACGAAAGAAGAACAGAUAGCAUUCAAGGCUGUCAUCUUUGGGAACAUUCUGCAGUCUGCGCUGGCCAUUAUCAGAGGCAUGCAGCUACUGGGAAUCAACUAUGGAUCGUCAUCUGCAGGAGACGACGGUCAGAAGCUGCAGAACCUGGCGGACUCCAUCGAGGAGGGCACCAUGCCCAGUGAGCUGGCAGAUGUGAUCAAGAGGCUGUGGAAGGAUUCUGGGGUCCAAGCUGCCUUCGACAGGGCAGCGGAGUUCCAGCUCAACGACUCCGCUUCCUACUACCUUAAUGAGCUGGACAGGAUCACCCUGCCGGACUACCUGCCCACAGAGCAGGAUGUGCUGCGCUCUCGAGUGAAGACCACCGGUAUCAUCGAGGAGCAGUUCUCCUGCAAGGAGCUCAACUUCAGGAUGUUCGAUGUGGGCGGACAGAGGUCCGAGCGUAAGAAGUGGAUCCACUGUUUCGAAGGUGUGACCUGCAUCAUCUUUUGUGGAGCCCUCAGCGCCUACGACAUGGUGCUGGUGGAGGACGAUGAAGUGAACCGCAUGCACGAGAGCCUCCAUCUCUUCAACAGCAUCUGCAACCACAGGUUCUUCGCCACCACCUCCAUUGUGCUCUUCCUCAAUAAAAAGGAUCUUUUCCAGGACAAGAUCAAGAAAGUCCACCUCAGCAUCUGCUUCCCGGACUAUGAUGGUCCCAACACGUACGACGAUGCAAGCCUGUACAUCAGGAGGCAGUUUGAGGACCUGAACAUGAAGAAGGGGGUGAAAGAGAUCUACUCCCACAUGACCUGUGCCACGGACACACAGAACGUCCAGAUCGUGUUCAACGCAGUCACGGACAUCAUCAUCAAGGAAAACCUGAAAGACUGCGGUCUGUUCUAAGCGGUGCUACAAACACAGCGCUCCCCUCUCUCCCUCUCUUCCAUACCUGAUCGGUUCACCGGCUUUCCUUCCGAACUGCUCCGUCAGAACGGCGCCCCGACGUCCCACCCCACCGGGCGUCCGUCUCCGUGACGAGCAGAGGCACACGCAGGGAUUCGGCCAGCCUGCAACCCCACCGUCACCAGAGCUCACCCAAUCAGAGUAGCGACAUGCACAAAAUGUUAACCCAGCCCGGUAAAAGGCAACAAGGUGUCCCGUGAGGUCAGCGCGUUCGACAGCCUGGUGCGGUACCUGACGCCGGAGCUGUCCGUAGUAUAACGGGAGCGGCUACUUUAAACUGAACAUUUUCGCUCAUUCCUCAUCAGAUUCCUUGGUUUGCCAUUCUGUACGCAAAAUACCGAACAGAUCAGCACUAAAGUUGCAAGCUCUCCCCCCUCCCCUCUGCAUUUUAAUGGUUUUUAUCUAGUAUUUAGCACCUCAAACUCUGAAAUCAUAAUUAUGUAAAAUAAGAAAAAAAAAGUUUAAUGAUUUGUUACCCCAGGUACUGUUGUACAGUAUACAUAUUUCAAAAUGAGGUCUCUACUUUGAUGUAAUCAGUCUGUUAAUUUAAAGUACGCAAGGUUAUUAUUUUAUGCAAGGAGAAAUUCCAAAUACAUAGAAAUGAAUCUCAAUACAUUUCUACAUAAAGAUAGACCCAAUUUCUGUAUAUGUUAAAAUAAAUAUUUUAAAUAUUCAAAUAAUGUGAAC